AUUCUGUGCGCCGUCAAAACAGGUCCCUUGUUCCCGUGCCCGUGCAUGCUGCGAACAGCUGAUGUCGUGCUCCUCACUGUCACACAGUCGUGAAACGUUUUCUCCCAAGUUUUUACAAGCGAAUAAGUCGACAUGACGAAAGAAGAAGUGCAGGGGGCAACAGAGGAGGAGCAGCAGGCUCAGUCAAAGAAAGCCCUGAAGAAACAGCAGAAGGAAGCGGAGAAAGCUGCAAAGAAGGCUGAGAAACAGGCCAAAAUGGCUUCUGAACAACAAAGCGCAGAGGAAGAUGACUUUGCCAAGGACCGGUAUGGUGUGUCAGCUAUGGUCCAGUCCCAACAAAAGCUUGACAGGGAGUUGGUCCGGGUCCAAGACCUUACUCCUGAGAAAGCUGACCAGCUGAUCUGGCUGCGCGCCCGAGUCCACACCAGCCGAGCCAAAGGGAAGCAAUGCUUCUUGGUCUUGCGUCAGCAGCAGUUUAACGUGCAGGCCCUGGUCGCAGUGGGGGAUCGUGCCAGCAAGCAGAUGGUCAAGUUUGCCGCAAACAUCACCAAGGAGAGCAUCGUCGAUGUGGAGGCGACAGUGAGGAAAGUGGAGCAGAAGAUCGAGAGCUGUUCCCAGCAGGACGUCGAGCUCCACGUUGAAAGGAUUUUUGUCAUCAGCCAGGCUGAGCCUCGUCUCCCGCUGCAGCUGGAGGAUGCUGUCAGGCCUGAUGGAGAGGGAGAAGAGGAAGGGAGAGCCACAGUUAACCAGGACACCAGGCUGGACAACAGAGUGAUUGAUCUCAGGACGACCACGAGCCAGGCCGUCUUCCGCCUGCAGUCAGGUGUGUGCCAGCUCUUCAGGGACACCCUCACCAAAAAGGGCUUUGUGGAGAUCCAGACGCCGAAAAUUAUAUCGGCUGCCAGUGAAGGUGGAGCAAAUGUCUUCACAGUGUCGUACUUUAAAACCAGCGCCUUCCUGGCCCAGUCGCCUCAGCUCUACAAGCAGAUGUGCAUCUGUGCUGACUUUGACAAGGUCUUCUGUGUAGGUCCAGUUUUCAGGGCAGAAGACUCCAACACGCACCGUCACCUGACCGAGUUUGUGGGUCUGGAUAUUGAGAUGGCAUUCAACUACCAUUACCACGAAGUGAUCGACUCUAUCACUGACACCAUGGUGCAGAUCUUCAAGGGCUUGAGAGACAACUUCCAGACAGAGAUCCAGACGGUGAAUAAGCAGUUCCCGAGUGAGCCUUUCAAAUUCCUGGAGCCGACUCUGAGGCUGGAGUACACCGAGGCCGUGGCCAUGCUGCGUGAGGCCGGGGUCGAAAUGGGUGACGAGGAUGACCUCAGUACACCCAAUGAGAAGCUGCUUGGCCGCCUCGUCAAGGAAAAGUAUGAUACUGACUUCUAUGUGCUUGAUAAGUACCCGCUGGCUGUUAGGCCGUUUUACACAAUGCCUGAUCCAAGCAACCCUAAAUACUCCAACUCUUAUGACAUGUUCAUGAGAGGAGAAGAGAUUCUCUCCGGAGCUCAGAGAGUCCACGAUGCUCAGCUGCUGACAGAAAGAGCCAUCCACCAUCAGAUUGAUCUGGAGAAGAUCAAGGCAUACAUUGACUCCUUCCGGUAUGGAGCUCCCCCACAUGGCGGCGGAGGCAUUGGCCUGGAGAGGGUCUGCAUGCUCUACCUGGGUCUCCACAACGUCCGACAGACCUCCAUGUUCCCACGUGACCCCAAGCGCCUGACACCUUAAACCUUCCAGUGUGGACGACACAUAAAUGCUGGUGACGGGAAACAAUACUAAUCCACAAUCAAGAAAGGGAGAGCAUAUAUAGGAGCUAAUGCCACCCUAGAACUGUUAACGUGUUACUGUAAUUAACCACCGACAUGAGUGAAGAAAGCAGUUAUAACAGUAAGGUAUAAUUUAUUGAUCGGUGUGCAUCGUUUUCUAACAACAACAAAUAACAGAAACAUUAAAGAGAACAAAGGAAAUGGCCAGUGAUUCAAGAAGACAACUCUAUUUUUUUUUUUUAAUCGGUGAGUCAGUGUUUUCUGGGCUUUCUCUUUGGAAAAAUUAAAAGUACAUAACAAACAGAUCUUAGACCUUCUUACUACCAGCACAGAUGUUUGACUAAUGAUUGUGGUGUCCAGCAGUAUGCCUCCAACUACACAUGUUUUGUAAGUCUAAGCACUGAUGAUAAUAAAAACAAAUGUGUUGAUCUGUAAA